UUUCUCCCACCCAAAGCACACUUUUCCACUCCCACAAGCCCAACUUCAAGAAACAGCAAUUGAGCCCCAUCUGACGCUCGUGACAGUCACCACCUCGAGCUGUCUUGCUACCUAAUCUAGGAACCUCCGAGCACUUGACUUUAUAUUUCACAAUGGCGCCUAACGGUACCAACGGCACAAAUGGCCACGACUCUAAUGGCGUGAGCGGGUGGAAGCACUAUAAUGAGGGCACUUUCCUCUUCACCUCCGAGUCCGUCGGUGAGGGCCACCCCGACAAGAUGGCUGAUCAGGUCUCUGAUGCCGUCCUCGAUGCCUGCUUGGCCGUGGAUCCUCUGUCCAAGGUCGCCUGCGAGACUGCCACCAAGACCGGCAUGGUCAUGAUCUUCGGCGAGAUUACCACCAAGGCCAAGAUCGACUAUCAAAAGGUUGUUCGCAACGCCAUCAAGGACAUUGGCUACGAUGACUCCUCCAAGGGCUUCGACUAUAAGACCUGCAACCUCCUCAUCGCCAUUGAGGAGCAGUCUCCCGAUAUCGCCCAGGGCCUGAAGCUUGACCAGCGUCUGGAGAACCUCGGUGCAGGUGACCAGGGCAUCAUGUUCGGCUAUGCUACUGAUGAGACCCCCGAGCUCUUCCCCCUCACCCUCCUCUUUGCGCACAAGCUCAACGCCGCCAUGUCGGCUGCCCGCCGCGACGGCUCCCUGCCCUGGCUGCGGCCCGAUACCAAGACCCAGGUCACCAUCGAGUACAAGCACGACAACGGCGCCGUUGUUCCCCUCCGCGUUGACACUGUUGUCGUUUCUGCCCAGCACAGCGAGGAGAUCACCACCGAGAAGCUGCGCAAGGAGAUCCUGGAGAAGAUUGUCAAGACCACCAUUCCUGCUAAGUACCUCGAUGAGAAGACCGUCUACCACAUUCAACCCUCCGGUCUUUUCAUCAUCGGUGGUCCUCAGGGUGAUGCUGGCCUGACUGGCCGCAAGAUCAUCGUCGACACCUAUGGCGGCUGGGGUGCUCACGGUGGUGGUGCUUUCUCCGGAAAGGACUUCUCCAAGGUCGAUCGGUCGGCUGCUUACCUUGGCCGCUGGAUUGCCAAGUCGCUGGUUGCCGCCGGGCUCGCUCGCCGGGCUCUUGUUCAGCUUUCGUACGCCAUCGGCGUUGCUGAGCCCCUGUCCAUCUAUGUCGACACAUACGGCACCUCGGAGAAGACGUCGGAUGAGCUCGUCGAGAUUAUCCGCGCGAACUUCGACAUGCGCCCCGGUGUCAUUGUUAAGGAGCUUGACCUCACCAGACCCAUCUAUUUCCAGACCGCCAAGAACGGACACUUUGGCACCAACCAGAGCUUCACCUGGGAGCAGCCGAAGGCGCUCAAGUUCUAAGCUGAGACGUCUCUCUCGCAGAAGAUUCAACUUCUUCUCCGUUAAAGAUACUGUCUAGCUUGUCUUUGAUAAUU